AUGUUGGCUGGAACCUUGGGUUACAUGGCUCCUGAAUGUGUAGUAACCGGCAAAGGAAGCAAAGAAUCAGAUGUCUUUAGCUUUGGAGUUGUUGCAUUGGAAAUUGCUUGUGGGCGGAAACCCAUCGAUUACAAUGCUCAAGAAUCCCAACAACGUUUGGUAGAAUGGGUAUGGGAGCUAUAUGGUACUGGGAAACUUUUAGACGCGGUCGAUCCGCGUCUAGGAUCGGAUUUUGAGGAGGAGGAAAUCAAACAGUUGAUGAUCAUUGGGUUGUGGUGCCAGCAUCCUGACUUGAAGCUUCGACCAACAAUGAGACAAGUGAUUCAAGUAUUGAACUCUGAAGCUUCCCUUCCUGUACUAUCCUCAAAGAUGCCUGUAGCGUCUUAUUCGACGCCUUCCAUGCCGUUGCUCUUUGGUGUCGCUUCUCUCGCCCAAAACCAAUCGCCAGAGCAAUGACAUGAAUAGAUUGGGGAUCGCGAAUUGCUUUAUUGACAGCGUUUUUGGACCACAAACGGAGCCAUCUUUUAUAUUUUCUGUUGAUUGUUCUGUAAGUAUCACACUGCGAACUAUUGAUCAACUUGACAAAUCCAUUGAAUCAAUCUUUUUUUUUU